AUGAAUCUUCUCAAAGAACGCUACGGCAUCAAUCCAGCGGUUGCAGCGAUGGAAGCUCGUUCGGCUGCCGAGACCGCACUCCUCUCUGUUACUAGACAGGACUGGAAAGGAGCCAUGGAUAAACUGAAAAAGGUCCGCGCAAUGAUCUACGAAGACAACGAGGAGGCUGCACUCUGGAAUGCUGAAGUGGAAGAGUGGCGACGCAUGAUGGACGCCAGCAAACAGCGUCAAAAGCAAGAGAUCGAGAGUCGACUUGCCGCCGCACAGCCAUGGGUAAAGCGACUGUGGGAAGAGGACCAGGGCAAGAAGAGCUGGGGUUACGCUGUCUUUCGCGACCCUGAAGCGGUCAACGAAGAAUAUGGUUCAAGGAUGAAUGAUGCUCUUAUGCACGCUCGAGAAGCAAUCGGGUGCGGAGACACGAUUGCUGCCAGAUGGAGACUGCAGAAUUUUGACUGGCCCAGUAUUGCAGCUCUCGACCAGGAUACGGAUACCCAAACCGACGGCGAAUCUACCGAAACUGUUGAUGAGGAACCGAAACAUGAAGAGCCCCAGGUUGUGUCGGAUGAUCAGGACUCUUUCGACAAGGAAGCAACGUCUCAACUAGAAGCAAACUUUCAGGUACUCCGUGAGCGCUUCAAAGUCCUUCGGAAACGCGCCUCUGGGAGACAAAUAGCAACCGUCACACAGACCGACCGUGCCGCUCUACAAAGCGGUAUCCUUAGGAACGUGUUCAUCGUCAUCAACCAGCCUUGUGUCGAUUCGCUGUUCUCCGACUCGGCAAACGUCGACGACAUGUGGAUAUGGGCUGUAGACCCAGACUAUAUACAGCCUGCGACCACGGAUACCCCGGAUGCUCCAUCAGAUCAGUACAGAGGCUAUCUACGCGUUCGAUUGCAGCAACUGGUAAACAACUUCUUCGAUGCUCGACGAUUUCUCGACAACUAUUAUUCCAUGGAAGCGCUCUGGCAGGCUGCGCAACCGAGUAAGAACCAAGCGUUUGUCUCGGUACGAGAGCCGGAGCAAAAGCUCUGGAUGAUGAGCAGAUCUAUUGGAAGUGGAAUUCGGCCAGAGGGUGUAGUGAGAGCUACGGCCAAGCUACUUUAUUGA